ACGGGAAUAUAAUUAAAAUGCAAUGCAGGCUUAAAAAAAUGUCCAAUUAAAUUCCACCCGUCUUUGUGGGACAACCCACAUCUCAGGCCCGGGGACAUGAGGCCUGCAGGGCCUCUCUGGGUAAUGCAGACAAAAUCAUAUCCAGUCAUAGUGAGACAAACAGAGGGCGUGGUUGAGCUCUGUCCUGUGCAGCUUGUUGAAAUUAAUUAAUACACAAAGGUAAAAUUAAAAAAAAGAAAAACAAAUGUAAUGGCGGGCCCGUGCAGGAUAAAUGAAUGUGUAAAAAGUCAGCAGGGCCUGCAGCCUGCAGAGGAUACCCUGUAUGCCCCGUAAACGAGGCGACAAAAUAACAUCACGUGAUCCAAAAUGGGCAGUCCUCUGACGGUGCUGAAAAAAGCCAUUUUCUGGCGCUGCUGCAAAUUCUGGCCAAGUCCAAAUAAUUUACCUGGAUCCUCGUUGGGAGGAGAGGGAAACUUUGAUGUCUAAUCAGAUCAGUCCAGAUGGAUAAAAUGCAGCCAAACCGGAUUAAAAUCACAGAUCUGAAUCCACACCUCACAUGCCCACUGUGCGCUGGUUACUUAAUUGAUGCUACAACCAUCGUAGAGUGCCUGCACUCCUUUUGUAAAACUUGCAUCGUUGCCUUCCUGGAGACAAAUAAGUUCUGCCCUCGAUGUGACGUUCAGGUUCACAAGACAUGUCCACAGCUCAGCAUCAGAGCAGACAAAACUCUACAAGAUAUCGUAUAUAAGCUUGUUCCAGGGUUAUUCAAAGAUGAGAUGAAACGGAGGCGGGACUUCUACGCAGAGAAUCGUGUGCUGGAACCAGGGGAAGUGGUGGAGACGUUCAACAUAGCAGAGGAUGAAAUCAUCAGUCUGUCCAUACAGUUCUAUGAGAGGAACAAAAAUAAUGAGAGGCAACAUCCAGAGAUCGAAGGAGACAAGUCCAACGGUAAACGCUUCCUGCAGUGCCCAGCAGCCAUGUCCGUCAUGCACUUAGCGAAGUUCCUCCGAAGCAAGAUGGAUAUUCCCAACAACUAUCGGGUGGAGGUGUUGUAUGGAGAUGAGCCCUUGAAGGACUACUACACACUAAUGGACAUCGCCUACUUCUACGAGUGGAGAAGAACUGGACCCAUCCCUCUGCAGUAUUUGGUCAAACCCACCCGGAAGCGUAGGAGGCCGUCCCAGUCUGCCGCCCAGGGCCACUCUGACGGCGUCAACACCAGCCCGACGUCAGAGAGCGACUCCCAGAGCGACAAAGUCCACAGUCCUGCUGCAGCCCAGCCUCCCCGCACCUCCACGCAGUCCAGCCCCGCGUCCCACAACCUCUCCCCCGCCAUCCAAAGCUCCAACGGUACCACUGUGCCCAACAAUACUCAGCGACACACCCUCGCCUCCAAACAGGGCGCCAACGCUCGGAAGGUGACUGUCAACGGUACGAGCUCUGGGGCUGGCAAAGAGGAGGCGAGGGGAGGCGACAAAAGCGGUUUGCCCCCGACGACCUAACGUGUGCACGGGGCGGCAGGGAGGACAGUGUUUGAAUUGCUCCCUUCUUUCUUUCGACGGAGCGAAAAGACGAGCUCGGGCCUUCUUCCCUCUGGACACACAGGAGGCAGGUUACGCUUAUCUUUCAGCAGGAGAGACUGAAAAGUGCAGCCAAAUAGACACUUGUAUGUAUGUAAGUGAGUGUGUGUGUUUAUGUGUGUUAGACUAGAACAGUGCACACAUACAAACUGUACAGUAUGUAUCAAAUGUGAGCAUGUGUGCAUACAUAUGUAUAAACUUAUCUUUUAUACAAGAUAUUGUAAUCGUUUUGUAUUGUAUAUGCAGUGGGUCUGUUUCAUUUCAUACUGUAGUUCCAUCAAUGUUGAUUUGGCUCCAUAACACUUGACAGAAUGCUGAAAGGCAUCGCAGUGUCCGUCACUGCACAAGUUGGAUGUAAAAAAACAAACUCAUAUCCUUGCCUUUGAACAGUCAUGUUAAUAACUGCUGUAUUAGUGUCCAGUAAAAGCAACGGCUCAUCAGGUAACACAGGUACAUGAAACUGUCGAUGCACUUUGUUUAGGUCAGAUCACACAGUCCAAAACCGACAAGUAUUUUCCAACAGGAGAAGCAUUUAUAUUUACAAAAUUUCCAAGCACUACCAUGCUCUCGAGCAGACGUUUGUCAGCAGACCAUGUCCUUUUCUCUCAUGGCAGUCGAAGAACUCAAAAGGGAUUCUGAAUAUUUGGCCAUGUAUGUUGUAGUUCCAUCGAUUUCAACAUUCCUUUGGUUUCUUUUCAACAAACAAUGAUACUUUUUUAUCAGCCAUAUGUGCAUGUUUUAGGUCAAUAAAAAUGUUUACUUACUAUUUUUUUCCGA